UGUGGCAGGAGGAGAAUACUGACCUGAGAUGGAAGUCAAAACAUCGUUUAGCAAAGUCAGUAGGAUUCCUGAAACUGUAUCCGCGUUAAUUAAUGAAGAAUUUGUCCUGGUUCAUCAGCAAUCUGAGGACACCUCUGGAAAAGAUGAAAAACCUCAGCUAAAGGUAUUUUCAAAUGGAGACUAUCAGCUGGAGAAGGCAAUGGAAGAGAUAUUGAGGGAUUCUGAAAAAGACCAGAACAAUUUCACUGCUCUCCGAGAAGGUUCCAGUGAUGCAAGCAGCCAGGCAACUGGAGAUGGGUCAGCAGGUCAAACAAAUCAGCCAUCUUUGCACCUUGUUUUAGACCCUUCUACAACAGAAAUCUCUGCACCAAGGCCAUCUUCUCCCAGUGAACCCCUGGAAGAGGACAGCGUAUUGUUUAACAAACUGACUUAUCUAGGUUGCACAAAGGUGUCUGCCCCUCGAAAUGAACCAGAAGCUCUACAUGCCAUGGCAAACAUGAAAUCCUCAAGUCAAGCCCCUUUACCUGUAACGCUUUAUGUUCCAAACAUUCCAGAAGGCUCUGUAAGAAUAAUAGAUCAAUCAAGCAAUGUGGAGAUAGCCUCUUUUCCAAUCUAUAAGGUGUUGUUUUGUGUGCGGGGACAAAAUGGGACUUCAGAGAGCGACUGUUUUGCAUUUACUGAAAGCAGCUGUGGAACUGAAGAGUUCCAGAUUCAUGUUUUCUCCUGUGAGAUUAAAGAGGCAGUCAGCCGAAUUUUAUAUAGUUUCUCAACAGCAUUCAAACGUUCUUCCAAACAAGCAUCUGAUCAUGUUAAGGACUUUGUUCUUCCUACUCCAGAUAGCGAUGUGUACACUUUCAGUGUUUCCUUAGAAGUCAAAGAAGAUGAUGGAAAAGGAAAUUUUAGCCCUGUGCCAAAGGAUAGAGAAAAACUAUAUUUCAAGCUUAAACAGGGAAUUGAGAAGAAAGUGGUGAUUACAGUUCAGCAACUCUCGAACAAAGAACUGGCCAUUGAAAGAUGCUUUGGGAUGCUACUAAGCCCUGGACGGAAUGUGAAGAACAGUGACAUGCAUUUACUAGAUAUGGUAAUACUUAGUUCUAAUAAUCUGUUUAGUAAGAUAGAGGCUUAUGUAAUUACUGGAAUGUGGAAUCCUAAUGCACCCAUGUUUCUAGUACUUAAUGAGGAAACUCCUAAAGAUAAGCGUGUAUUCAUGACUGUGGCAGUGGAUAUGGUUGUUACUGAAGUAGUAGAGCCAGUCCGGUUUUUGUUGGAGACUGUUGUGCGUGUGUAUCCUGCCAAUGAACGCUUCUGGUACUUCAGCAGAAAAACCUUCACAGAAACUUUUUAUAUGAAGCUAAAACAGUCUGAAGGAAAAAGCCACACAAGUGCUGGGGAUGCAAUUUAUGAAGUUGUCAGUCUACAAAGAGAGUCUGCAAGAGAGGAAGAAUUGGUCAGCCCAACAAGUGGAGGAGGGCCUAUGUCAUCCCAGGAGGAUGAGGCAGAAGAAGAGAGUGAUAAUGAACUCUCCAGUGGUACUGGUGAUGUGUCAAAGGAUUGUCCUGAGAAGAUUUUAUAUUCCUGGGGAGAAUUACUGGGGAGAUGGCACAAUAAUCUUGUUGUGAGACCAAACGGAUUAUCUACCCUGGUGAAAAGCGGUGUUCCAGAAGCGCUAAGGGCAGAGGUUUGGCAGUUGCUGGCAGGAUGCCAUGACAACCAGGCAAUGCUGGAUAAAUACAGAAUUCUCAUCACAAUGGAUUCUGCUCAAGAGAGUGUCAUUACACGAGAUAUUCAUCGUACGUUUCCAGCACAUGAUUAUUUCAAAGAUACAGAAGGAGACGGUCAGGAAUCUCUAUACAAAAUCUGUAAGGCGUACUCUGUCUAUGAUGAAGACAUUGGCUAUUGCCAGGGACAGUCUUUCCUUGCAGCUGUGCUUCUACUUCAUAUGCCGGAGGAGCAGGCAUUCUGUGUAUUUGUGAAAAUAAUGUAUGACUAUGGCUUGAGGGACCUCUACAGAAAUAACUUUGAAGAUCUCCAUUGCAAAUUUUUCCAGCUGGAGAAGUUAAUGCAGGAGCAGUUACCAGACUUGUAUAGCCAUUUCUCAGACCUCAAUUUGGAAGCUCAUAUGUAUGCAUCCCAGUGGUUCCUCACUCUUUUUACUGCCAAGUUUCCACUCUGCAUGGUCUUCCACAUCAUUGACUUACUACUUUGUGAGGGUAUGAACAUAAUCUUCCAUGUGGCCUUGGCUCUCUUAAAGACCUCAAAAGAGGACCUUCUACAAGCUGAUUUUGAAGGAGCUUUAAAAUUCUUCAGGGUUCAGUUGCCCAAGAGGUACAGAGCUGAAGAGAACGCCAGAAGACUGAUGGAACAAGCUUGCAACAUUAAG